AUGGAGAGAGAGUAUCAUCUCGACAAGGUGAAUGUAGUUGCUGAUACUCUAAGUAGGAAAUUGAUGACGGUGUUAAGAGCUAUGUUUGCACGCUUGAGUUUAGCUAGUGAUGGUGGGUUGUGUGCUGACCUGCAAGUGAAAGCUGAACAUCAAUUUCCUUCGGGUUUGUUGCAACUUAUUGCGAUUCCUGAAUGGAAGUGGGAAAGGAUUACUAUGGACUUUGUUUCGGGUUUGCCUUUGACCCCGUCAAGGAAAGAUUGGAAGUUAGCAGAAUUGUAUAUUGUUGAGAUUGUUCAUCUUCAUGGGGUUCCAGUUUCAAUUAUUUUUGAUAGGGAUCCAAGUUGGGAGCGAUAUUUUCCUUUAGCAGAGUUCGCUUACAACAGCAAUUUCAAAAUGAGUAUUUGUAUGGCACCUUUUGAGGCGUUGUAUGGUAGGAAGUGCAGAACUCUUUUGUGUUGGACAGAAUUAGAUAAGAGACGAGUUGUAGGGUCGGAUCUAAUCUGUGAGACUGAGGAAAAGGUUAAGCUAAUUUGUUAUCGUUUGAAAGUAGCGUCCGAUAGGCAGAAAUUGAAGUAUCGUUCUGAUCUGUCACAUAUUGUGCCAGUUGAAGAAGUUGAAAUCCGUGAUGAUCUUUCUUAUGAGGAAGAACCAAUUGAUAUUUUAGAUUAUGAAGUGAAAGUGUUGCGAAACAAGAUAGUUCCUUUGGUUAAAGUUUUGUGGUGCAACCAAAAAGUGGAAGAAGCUGCUUAG